UAGUACAACUAGUUUUUGUAGCGUGUAAAUAACUCUCCCUUACCUACACUCCAACACAACACAUACUAAUCAAUAAUCACGUAUUUUAAUUUCUUCUCAACAUGCCAAGGCCUCUUCUUGUUUCCAAUCUUCACAAUCUUCUUCUAUAUUCAUCAUCCAUGUCCUACACAACAAUUCUCUUUCUUGUUCUUUCUAUUUUUUCUAUAUUUUCCAUCAUCACUUUUCUAUGUGGUACUAAGAACUUGAAGAAUCUCUACAUGGAGGAAGAACCAACGACGGCGUUUUCGAGCAACGAAAACAAGAUGAUUUCUAAAAUAAAAACGAAAAUUAAUAGAAGAACACUUUCAAUGAUGAAGAUGCUAUAUUGGAGAAAAUUACAAGCUGAAGAAUUAGAGGAAGGAAACCAAGAUGAUGAUGAAGAAGCAGCUCUUUGGAAGAAGAAUAUCUUGAUGGGAGAAAAGUGUCGACCUAUAGAUGAAGAAAAUUAGUAGUAAUUUUUUAAUUUAUAUGUGUAAGGGCUUUGUUUUGGAUUUUUCAUAUGUUAUGGUUUUUUAUUUGAAGGGUUAGAUUCAAAGUUUAUUGAUCAAUUUUUUCAUGAA